GAGGGGAAGAGACAGAGGAGAGAGGGGGAGAAAGGGAAAGAGAAAUCAGAGAGGAGAAGAGAGAAGGAAGGAGAGCUAGAAAUGGAACCAGAAGAGAGAGGCAAAAACAGCAGACUUUAGAUGAGGGUGUGUGAUUCCAUGGAAGCUGGGGGCCCUCCCAGGCUUUUCCUGCUCCUAAGUAAAAGGAGAGUAAGAGUAGAUAUCCGGGAGGCAGAGGAGAGAUACCCAGACAGAGACGCGGGCAGAGGGAGAGGGAGAGAGCUUUGGCCCAGGCAGACUAGGGAGUGGGUCUUCAGAGGAGGAAGGAAGAAGGGAGGGAAGCAGGGAGAGGAGGGAAGAAGGCGGGGGCCGGACAGGGGGUGGAGGGAAGGAGGGAGAGAGCAGGGCGGGGCAGGGAGGCCAGAAGGGGGAGCGGGCUUUCGCUCAGACUUCCUCUGGCUGCGCUGGGUAAGUGCUCCCGUUAUUUGGACUGGGUGGAGAGAGGAAGGCGCCCUCGAGACUGCCAAGACCCCAUCUGCCUUCAAGCACCUUCUACCUGGCCAAAGAGAGGGCGAGAGGCCCCGACACUCAACUCAGAGCGCCAUGUCCCUGCUGCUGCUGGUCGUCUCUGCCUUGCACAUCCUCAUCCUCAUCCUCCUCUUCGUGGCCACCCUGGACAAGUCCUGGUGGAUCCUCCCCGGGAAUCACUCGCUGAACCUUUGGAAGGAAUGUGUGGCAUCCCUGAACCAGUCGGAGGUCUGGGAAUGCAGAAGCGUCAGUGAAGAUGGCUGGCUGAAGGCCGUCCAGGCCCUCAUGGUGCUGUCGCUCAUCUUCUGCUGCCUGUCCUUCAUGCUCUUCAUGUUCCAGCUGUACACCAUGAGGCGGGGGGGCCUCUUCUACGCCACCGGCCUGUGCCAGUUCUGCACCAGCCUGUCCGUGUUCAGCGGGGCCCUCAUCUACGCCAUGCACGUCCAGGAGAUUCACCAGGCCCGGCCCUCGGGGGGCUCCUUCGGCUACUGCUUCGCCCUCGCCUGGGUGGCCUUUCCCCUGGCGCUGGCCAGCGGCCUCAUCUACAUCCACCUGAGGAAGCGAGAGUGAGCCGGGCCGCCCAGCCGCCCGGCCCGCUCGCCCCUCGGGCUCCGGCUCCUCUUUCCCUCUGCUCUCUUCCAGCCUGGCCCUCCUGCCCUGCGCUUCCCGCCCCGUACCCGGACCGUUGGGCUGGGCCAGGAGUCAAGGCCUUGGUUCAGAUCUAGCAAGGGCCCCGAGCAAGUCUCUUGACCCGUUUGCCUCGGUGGGCCACCCCUCCCUGGAGACAUGGGGAAGGUGCCAGGGCGAGGGGCUCCGUCCUGGCCACCCGGCCUCAGGCACGUGGCUGCCCCCGGGCCCUGCUCCAGUGGCUCGGAGGGAGCCUGGCGGCGCCGCCCCAAGCCCAGCCCAGACUCGCUCUGGACCUCCAGCGCAAUGAGACAUAACGCAGUCCGAUACAGGAGAUCUAAUCAGUUAAAGCGCUUUGUAACCUCUGAGUAAACUUUGUCUAAACCGCG